AUGACUGUCCCUCUUUCCAGUGGCCAGGCCACUUGCCAUGACCUUGCAUUCCUACCGAGGGACCUUUUCUUGAUCAUCCUCGAGUUGUUGGAGCCCAAGGAUCUGGUAUGGUGUCGCCGCGUCUCACGAGCGUGGAACGAGGCCUUCAGCAACCCGGACAUCGUGCUUCCACUCUUCAAGAGACAUUUUCCAUGGACGCAAGAAUUCAAGAACCUCCAACCUGGAUCUUCCAAAUAUGAUGGCUCCUCUGUUACGGCAGAAUCCAUCCGCCAUGCCUUCGACCAAGCGGUCGCCCGAUAUAAUCACCUAGAACGGGGAACACCCCGCUCCGUGCAGAGACACAGUCUAUGCAGUGAGAUGGGCUGGUCAUGGGAGCGACAGUUCUACCCAGUGCAGCCGUGGGAGGGGCAUGCCAGUCACUACAUGGGUGAGGUCGACCGCCAGUUUACGGAAGCAAUGUGGACAUAUGAAGAUGGACUGUUGGUCUUCCCUUCAGCAGACCGUUGGAUGCUCAUGCUCGUAGAUCUGAGCAGCGACAAACAAUUCCUAGUGCCAUUUGUCCUUGAUGGCAGGAUCAUUCGAAGAGUACGACUGCAGAAGCGCGUGCUCGUUGUAGAAUGGGCCGAACCAAAAGCCUUCCACUGGCUCAAUGAAAGCGAUGGCGUGCAUCGUCAUUUCGCCACAUCCUUUAAUGUGGUCCCGAGUGACAAAUAUGACCACGAUGGUAGAUGGCAUAUUAUUCCGCGCAAUGAGUGGAAAAUCAUGUUUCUGGGCCAUCCACUCAGUGAGCGCGAUCGGUUCUUCUCUGCACACAGCGACACACACUAUGUCAUCUACAUCUGGCAACCGAACCGCAGUUUGUACACGGCAGAUGAGGAUGCGCCCAUCGAGUCCUUGUUCGUGUGGGAUAUUUCAAAGAAAUCAGACUAUCGCCCAUCCCUCGACCCCUCAGGGGCACAAACAGGCCCCGAGGUAGACCAGUCCCCGUCUAUUGUGGCUCGAUUCGGAUUCCAAGAUCUUGAGCACUUCCGCAUUCGACAGAGGGGCUUCCCACGUAUCCAGCAGCUAGAAGUCUCGGAUGAUGGGCAGACUGUGUACAUCACCGAGAAUUUUCGCUUCUUUGAUGCCACUGAACUGCCUACACCGCUUGGUGUGCCUGACACCGUCGUGACCGGAAUCCCGACAACUGGAAUUGGUCCUCAUAACCGAUUCACUCCCGAUUUCAUCCUGACAGCGUAUCGAAGCAACGACAAUGCCCAUGAAUUGCCCCUCCUCCUCUUCAACAUGAGCCAUUUGCACGAGUCUUGGUACAAUAUCAUCGCACAGGUGACCGAUCGUGGAUCCGGCGUGGCCCUCCGUAUCCAUUUCAGCAGUGACGAAGUAAAUGAUUACCUAGAUGAGUCGAUAUAUUUGACUGUUGAGACGGAGAAGACCCGGGUCACAAGGGAAGUUUCGGAUUUUGCUGGCCGCGCCAAACUUUGUGGUUGUGAUAAAUACAUCAUAGGCGAGACGGAUAACCGUGAACUGGUGAUCUACAGAUUUGAUCGAUGA